UAUUGUGGAGGAGAGGAGACUCAUUCUGGACCCAUCAUACCACCAUGCUCAGCUAGAAUCGAUUGAAGACUUGACAAUUUAUUGGUGGUGAAGUUGCAUGCAAAAGGAAUAUUGAUUGUUGAUAAGACCAGCAUGUAUUUUGGUAACGUCUGUCAGACCGCUACCCUGCCUUCAUUGGACCUUGGGCCUCCUGUGGGAGGAGUCCACCAAUCCAUGGCGCUGAAGCCCCACCUCCCGCUCAGCCUGUUCCAUGGUUUCACUGAAAUGGACCGUGAUCACAAAUCCUGUUUUGGUCCAGGAUUUGGACUAACCACGCCCUUUAUGAGGAAACCCAGCUCAUCGUGUGUCGUUUGCCGACUGAGGUUCAACUCAGAGAGCCAGGCCUCAUCCCAUUACAAUGGUACCAAACACUUCAAGAGGCUCAAAGCCCUCGACCCACUGGACUGCAAGACCAGAGCCCCCGACACAGUAUCCAAGAGCGUAUCACCCUGCCUUGUGCCGCCCAGCUCAGAACCCAGUUCAACAGAUGUCACAGCCGGAGCCGUGUUGUCACCACCCUCUGCCUCUAGGGUGGUUCCAUCGACCUGCAGCCCAUCUGUAUCCAUGGAAAUGCCCUCUGACCCCUCUCUGUCACUCUGUCCCCUGGUGGAGAAGGAGAAGGAGAUGGAGGGAGAGGUGGAGGAGGUUGUGGAGUCGGAGGAAAAGAAGGCUAAGAGACUACUAUACUGUUCUCUCUGCAAGGUGGCGGUCAACUCUGCAUCCCAGCUACAGGCUCACAACAGCGGCACGAAACACAAGACAAUGCUGGAGGCCAGGAGUGGCGACGGAGCCAUAAAGUCAUUUCCCAGGUCAGGGGUCAAAGCCAAGCUGGCCACUCCCACUGAGGUGUCGACUGGGCUACAGAACAAAACUUUCCACUGUGAGAUCUGCGAUGUGCACGUCAACUCCGAGACACAACUCAAACAGCACAUCAGCAGUAGAAGGCAUAAAGACCGUGCAGCAGGGAAGCCAGCCAAGCCCAAGUUUAGCCCCUAUGGUCUGCCGCCUCAACGCAACCAGAAUCUGCAGACAGUUGGGAUCACUCUGAGGAAGGAGGACUUGGCAAAGCCUCUCGUCUCGCGCCUCUUACAGAGCCAUUACUCCCUCGCUGCUGCUGCUGCCAUGGCAACCCUGUCCCCGUUCCAUUUGCGCCCUGCCCCUACAUCUGGCUCCGCCCUCUUUCAGACUCAGCCCCUCCACCAGCCCCUAUUACAUCCUGCCCCAGGACCUCUCCGUACGGCACAUACAUCAGUUCUGUUCUCACCGUACUGACACAGACCUGAACCAGAUUUGGCCUACUCCUGACUCAGACCCAUGUCAGAUGGACCAGAACUCAACUCUGUGGGACCAGUGCAGACAAACUGCAGUCUGUAAAGUUGGAAACAGAGUUGGGAUCAGAUUCAGAGUAUUUAUCUCUACUGACCAUCUUGGACCAGGGUGUCUAUGUUGGUUUUUGUGCGAUGCUUGAGUGUGUGUGUGUGGGUAUGCGUGUGUGGGUGUGUGUGUGUUCAUGUGUUCGUUCGUGUGUUUGUCAUGAAAUAUGGGUAUUGUUUUUCAAUAAAGAAUUUGUUGCUUACCUUGA